AUGCUCACGUUUCGAAGGAAGAAACAACUGUCUACGGAUGCAAGCGACGGCGACAUGUCGGUUGUCACAAAGGAUAAGAGCACAAAAUCGCUUUCACAAUCUACUAUCAUAAGCGCUCCUGCAACGGUUGUGUGGGAAAGCUUGACUGACAUCAAAACAUGGCAGUGGAACCGUAGCCUCCGGCUUGAUGCAUCAUACGUGAUGGAGGGGGAGACCGGGAAAUCGCGGAUCGUUCUAGGUGGUAGACGUGCAACAGCGCCAUUCAAAUUCGGCAAGGUUAGUCGAAGGACCUUCACUUUUACGUGGACUACCAAGCUUGGAUGUUGCGAAUCCACAAAUACCGUGGAACUGAAACCCAUUGGAAUCAACAAAACGGAACUUGUACAUACUCAAACAUUUGAAGGUAAACUACUUUUCCUUCGGCCCUCCUCUAAGAAAUAUCAAAAGGCAGUCCGUGUCAUGGACGAAGGGCUAAAAAAUCACGUUGAGAGCCUCUACUUCAACACAUUACUCUACGACUUUUCAAAUUCUGAAAUGGUCACUCCCGGAUGUUCCACGUCUACUGAGAUGACGGUCCUAUCAGAGAUGUCGGGUACCAACUUCUGGGAUACUCCCAAGCACAUUCGAGAGAAGCUAGUCAACUGUUUUGUAGACAAAGAUACUGAGGCCAGGGAACCAACAAUAUACGACGCAUAG